UGGCUAUCGGAGCCCGAUUUUUUCAGGAUGCAUCCGCGAAGGAUCGUAGGAGCGGAGGAGCGGAGCGCGCUGGCGCGUUUCCCGCGACUACCUGAUAGCAGAUAGGAUAGGAGGAUAGGCCGGCUCCCGUAGAUUGAGAGGAAGGGUGAGUUGGUUUCGGUUCACUUUGUACUUGGGCUGGUUCGAGACGGAGACGCGACGCGGCGCGAGUUCGCCUGGCACUGGUCGCUCAGUUCGCACUAGUCGUGCGUCGCGUGCGCUUCUGUCUCGACGAGCAAAGUAGCACCGCGUUCAACACAUGUAUUUCCACACAUGAGAUCGUUCGCGAUUUUGAUCUCCGAGUUUUUCGUGUCGUGCAAAAACCGAGCAGUACGAACACAUUGAUCGAUAAUUAAAUAAACUCAUCGGCCGAUCGGUCACAGUUUAUACAUCAUUUAUAAUUAUAAUCGACCGCUGCGUAAUCGCAGGGUGCGAAGUGCGGUUGAGAAUUUUUGAAAACUACAUCCACCGUAUUACAAACGCACCGAAUCUCAACGAAGAGAGAGAAUUACACAAUUUUAUACAGGCGAUAUUUUUUCAUUAUCAAUCGAAUUUAUAAUCCAAUAAAAUAAAAAGCGAAAGAAAUGAGAAAUAAGAAUUAAGAAAAGAAAAAAAAAAACGGGAAUUUCUUUUACAUAAGAUAAACUGUAUCUUCUUCGCACCGCGUACUUGGCUCUUAUUUUUAAUUUCAUACGUCAAACGUUGAAAUUAAGCAAAUUAAUACACAUCAUAAUUCAACACACAUGUGCAGCGAUCGGAUAAAAGAGAGAGAUGGAAAAAUAAGGUACACAAAAUACCGCGGUGUACGAAAGUAAAAUUCGAGAUACUUCUUCGUUCGAUCGAGUGUGCAUCGUCAACGUUGUUGUUCUUCGGACUGAUAACCGUUAAACUUUGCUCGCAAAUCUCACACGACAAAAUCUUCUCUCGCAUCUCCUGCAAUAAAAGCGUCGUUGCACCAGCGGCGAGAAUACUUGGUUGCCGCUCGUACCGCGAUUGAAUUAUUUUUAUCCGUGGGCGGUCGUCGCUCGACCAAAUAACGCCGGUGCAUGCCGCGGCACCGUUACCAUGCAGGAUAAACGGGGAUGAUGUCUCUCCUCAAUGACAGUCGUCCCUCUCCUAGGCUAAUAACGCUGCAGUUGACCACCACGUCAUCGUCAUCGUCAUCGUCAUCGUCCACACCCUCGGCGUUCUUUGGCCGGCAUCUGUACCGGGCAGCGCGAAUUUUCGCGCCGGCUCUCAGCUGUUCGAAAAGCUGCGACAACGAAUCGAACUGUGACAACGGAAAAUCGCCCGGCGAAUCGAAACAGUAAUUUCGAUCAGAUCGUUACGGCGUCCCUGCAGACGUGUGUACACGCACAACCGAGGACAACAACGAGUUAUUGCAGCGUGACUCUCGUCGAGCAAAUCGAGGUUACGCCCCCUUAGCGCGACGUCCGCAAAGUUCCUCUUUUUUCGACUUUCCUCCACUCGUAUACACGUACGUCGAGAUCGAAACUGGGGCUCCACCGCGAUUAUCCCUCCCUCGGGACCUUUUUUUUUUUUUGCUCCUCGCGUUAAACAAAUUAGUAAGCUAAACAACGGAACGGAACACCGGCAAACCGGCGGUGUGUAUUUUUAUUUCGUACCGCCCGCCGUUCCUGUUUGACACAGAUUGUUGAACCCGUGGUUGAAAUUACUCCGCGCGAGAGAGACUUGUAUACAUACCUAAAUCUAGGUAUAUACGUACACGCAACGCGUGUUUUAUAUAUACGUGUGUGCGUCGGGUCGAAUGCAGGUCUCGUUAUACCCGCCGAUUUGACGUUAUUUAUUUAUUAUCUGUAAUACCAACAUAGCCGCUCGUUUCCUCCAUUGUGUUUACGAAUCCGUAAUCGCCGAACUCCGUCGUAGGCAUUGGCGUAAUCGGAGUCGCAUAGCAUAUACGUGCAAGUUUUAUGUUGUUCCGUACGCGGAAACGUGAGCUGAACUUUAGUUACGACCUAUCAUCAAGAAUUUGGCACGAUUUCGUUUCCCCUUUCGUACCUCGGCUGGUACCACAACACCUGCAGCAAGGUAUAUCGCCGGUUAUUUUACCACGAGAUCUGCUCGAGAGACGAUCGUUAUUACGUACGCACACGUACACGUAAACGAACUUUAUCACCGUGGAUAGAUAUAUAAAUAUAUAUAUAUAUAUAUACGUGUCUCUAUACGUAUGCGGAGGAUUGUACAUAUGUACAAAUAUAUAUGCUUCGGAACACCAUUGCCAAAGAUUGGGAGAAGAAAUAAGAGGAAAUGAGAACAUCGAGAAAAUCUAUAUCACAACGGUAAUAACAACGAUAAUAUUACCCGAUAAAAUAUUUAUUAAACAAAAAUAAAAAUAAAAAAAGAAAAAUAAAAUAAAAAAAAAACCACGCACACUGAUUUUCUAUAAAUAAUUUGGUGCUAUGUACAGAUAUCUAUGAAUAUAUGAAAACUAUUUAUAUCGAGUAAGUAAGGAGGAAAGUAAAGAGAUAAAGUUUACGAUAAACGAAAGAAUUUAUAAAUACAUAUAUACAUACAUAUAUCUAUAUAUACGAACAAAAACUCAGAGAGACACGUACAGACGUAUAUGAAACGACGCAUCGUCCAAACGGAUUUGGUCGGGCGAUAGGUAAUUUUGUAAAAAAAGUGCAACCGUGUUAACGCUUUCAAAUAAAAUCUAUAGAAGCGAUUGGUUCGAUCGGCGGCGGGGGUUCGUAAUAUCGCGCUUCGGUCGAGUGGUGAAAAGAGCUACGGGGAAGACUCUGAGGGAAAAAGGAAGAGGAAAAAAAAAAAAGGCGCGGUCCUCCCCCUGAAUUUUUUUUCUUCGCCCAUAAUAUCGUCGUCGACGAUGCUGCCGGGUUGGCUUUGACGACCCAAAGACCUUGUCUGGCCGCGCGGGUUGAUCGCGAGUAAAGUUCCGGUAUCUGUACCGGCGCCAGACCGAUUAUAUCGGAGUGGUUGCCAGAGGGUGCAGCAGCGGCAGCAGCGGCAGCAGCAGCAGCAGCAGGCAGGACGUGGGUGUGGGUGAGAAGGUCGUCGAAGAAGGUAGGGGGGGAAAAGAGGAGGAAGGAGGAGAGGGAGGAGAACGGGGUGUUAGCGAGAGAGAGGGAGAGAAAGGACGGAAGAGGAAGAGGAAGAGGAGAGGAAUCCAGAAUCGAAAGAAGCAGCGCGCGGGCUGACGGAGAGCAGACGGUGGACAUGAUUAUAUCAAAGGAUUUGUUCCUUCUUGGCGACCAAGAUUACCUGCGGCUUCCCAGCAACGAGAAACGCCAGCAGCGGGCGAUGGGCAGACCGGUCGUCAAUACACCCAGAGUGGAAAGUUCGGCACUGCAGUUGGUAUGUCCGCUGGAGUCCCGCCCCGUUCAGCUGGUGUUCCGGAAUCUGCAGGUGGUCAAGGAUAAAAGAGCUCUACUUCGCGAUGUCUCCGGCGUCGUUAAACCCGGAGAACUUCUGGCUGUUAUGGGACCUUCAGGCUGCGGAAAAACUACGUUGCUGAACUGUUUGUCCGGUCGAGUCGGUUUGGACGGUGGCGAGAUUUGGCUAAAUCGAGAACGUCUGACGAAGAGAUGGCGCCGAAGGAUUUGUUACGUACAACAACAAGACGUCUUCUUUCCAGAUCUCACCUUACGCCAGACUCUAGAGUACCAAGCUCGCCUCAGGUUGCCAGACACGCUUUCACACUCUCAAAAGAUGCAGUGUGUAGACCACAUCAUCGAGGUUCUUGACCUCGCCGCCUGCCAAGACACCAUUAUUGGAGAUUAUACGAAACGAGGGCUUUCGGGAGGUGAAAAAAAGAGGACCAGUAUCGCCUGCGAACUACUCACCAAUCCAUCCCUGAUGCUCCUCGAUGAACCAACGAGCGGACUGGACUCUCAUUCUGCCCAGGCGCUCAUUUCGCGGUUAAAGAAAUACGCCGAACAAGAGGGGAAAAGCAUCGUCGUCACUGUUCACCAACCGAGCUCUCGAAUGUUUCACAGUUUCAGCAAAUUGUUACUUCUCAGCAGAGGACAAGUAGCGUAUUACGGAUCGACCGCCAAUAUCGGGAGGUUCUUUUCAACGAUCGGACUCACGUUAUUACCGCAUUAUAACCCCGCUGACUUUAUACUCGAACAAAUAAAGGGACCAGAAGAGGUUCGGGAGAGGAUCGUCGCUGCGGCAAGGGCUGCUCGACAAGGACUAGAUUGUCCGUUGGAACUUCGUCCGGACUACAAUCCUAGCCAGCAUCCACUUUGCGACCACCUAAUCCAUUACCACGAACACCAUAUCACACAUAACGGAAACGGAGAAUGCAAGGACAUUACGAACGGAGGCAAACUGGAUAUGUGCGUUGUGAUUGACACCCCGAACCACAACACCAGCAGUCACGUUUACACUGCCAUCGUUAAAGAAGACGACGGCAGGACCCUUUGGCUAGACACUCAAAGUCACGCCAGCAGUAGCGCCAGUUCUUCGGACGACGAUUAUUCCUGGCACUGGCCGACCAGCUUCUGGUCUCAGUUCAAAGUGCUCUCUGAGCGAAAUUUCCAAGAGGCUAGACCGCGGAUGUUAUCACGGUUGAAUUGGCUUCAGACAGUUGCUUUAGGUCUUUUAGCAGGUCUGCUUUGGCUCCGUCUUCCUAGGACAGAAGCGGCCCUCCAUGACAUCCAGGGAUGGAUGUUCUUCAGUACAACGUACUGGAUGUUAUUCGCCCACUUCGGAGCUCUCUCUAGUUUUCCUCCCGAACGCGAGGUGAUCAACAAAGAGCGUCUUUCUGGGUCAUACCGUCUCUCAGCUUACUACCUAGCAAAGAUGGUUGGCGAGUUACCGUUGACGAUAACCCUUCCAGCAGUUUAUCACAUUAUCAGCUAUCCCAUGUUGGGAUUUCACAGUCCAGCAGUAUUCGUUACGCUACUCGCGUUCCUUCUACUGAACACGGUAGUCGCUCAGAGCGUGGGCUUUUUCGUGGGCGCUUGUUGCCUGGACCUUCAGGUUAGCAUAACGGCAUCCGCGCUCUACACCCUCGGUACCCAACUCCUAGGCGGUUAUCUGGCGACCGCCGUACCCCCCUGGCUUGCCUGGGCGAGGUACGCCAGCAUGGUACACUACGCCUACCAGAAUAUGCAGAUAUUGGAAUUCGGUGUCGGGGAGCCGAUCACCUGCGCUCAGCCCAGCAAGUUCCCGGAGUGUAAAAACGGGACGACAAUACCAGUUUCUGCUAUCCUGGAGGGUCCGGGUGGCGCCAAUGGUCCAGGUUUACCACUGUGGGCGAAUACGGCGGUACUGUUAGCGUUCCUUGUCAUAUUCAGGACGCUCGGUUACCUCGUUCUACGUUAUUACCGCGUACCGAAGUGAGCGACGGUACCGCCACAAUUAGAAUUCAAUUUUGUACACAAAUUUUCACGGAUCUUUAUCACUAUAAUAUGAUAUCAUUGUUAUUAGUAAUAUAAUGCGAUAUAGUAUUCAGCAAUACGAUAUUUACGAAGUAAUUAUAUGCGCGCGCGCAAUGGGGUCCGACAGGAAUGAUAAAUUGAAAAAAAAUAAAAUAAAAUAAAAUGUCGAGUGAAGACGAGAUCGCGGAAAAAGGGGGGUAGAACGAAGAGCUGAAUUGGCGUCUUUUCUCGGCGAGAAGGGUAUAGUAAUAUUGACACAGCAAAAAUGCUGAUAAAAAAAAAAAAAAAACGACUGAAAUUUUCGUAUGGGCGAUAUGAACAUUUAUAAAUGCGAGUUUAGACUAGGCUUAAUAAACAUAAGUAUUAGGUUUGUAAGUAAUAUUAUGUUUAGGUACAAAGACAUAAGCGAGUGGGAGCGAAAGAGGGAACGAACGAAAGAGAGCGAAAGAGAGAGAGAGAGAGAGAGAGUAAGAGAGAGAGAGAGAGAGAGAAAGAACGUUAGUGAAACAUUAUGCUGCCAACUUUACAAUAGUAUCGAUUCUUUACAUUGCAUAUUGUAUAACAUUAUUACCCUAUCCUCAUUGUGUACGUGAUAUAAUACGUUCUUUUAUCGCUGGCUGAAAGUUUUGCGAAAAAAACAUAAUAUAUUUGGAUAUGCGUUCAGUAACAUUUUGCUAGUUCUGCGACACGAGGCUCCACCGCCAAUUUUUCACCGAACAGUAUAACAUUAUCCGUUGUACCACGUUAGCCGAAUUUUUGGAAUACUCCUAAACGGAAAUGUAAAUUCGUUCAAUUCUCUCACGACUGUAUAGCAUCCUAUUAAAUAAAUUAGAAAAUUGAUAAAAAUUUGACCAAUUUUAAGGAUUACGAACCGACGAUGGAUCGCUACGUCAGGUAAGCUCACCCACACUUUGAACCUGUCCCUAAAAAAAAAGGCAGUGAUAUAUCGAUAAUAAUACAGAUGAUAUCGUAAUGGUAGUCAUCGUUUUUGUGAUAAGGAUCGAGAGUAAAUUUUGCAAUCGAUCGAACUAAUUUUACACAUUUAAUUGCGUGAUUUGCAAAGUGUUUGGGAGUGGAGAGGUGUGUUGGCCGCGCCAAAUUCCUAGGGACAGGCUGUUCGUUGUGGCGGUAACUGUUCGCGGUAAAGCUCACAGUAAAGUUUCGCACUUUGCUGGCGGUAGAUGCCUGCAUUCUAAGUUUUGAUUAGCUGGAGAACCUGUCGGCUCGUGAUCGUUGUCAACCAUUAAAUUCAUUAAUUUCGUAAGAUAUUCACAUGCAUGACGUAAAAUUUACUAAGAAAUUAAACUUACGUCACGACACUUCACUCCGUUUCACUUAUGAACCUUACUCGUUCUAUAGAAAAAAAAAAGAAAAAAAAAAAAAUAGAAAAAUGAAAAGAAAAACAUUAAAAAGAAAGAAAAAAAAAUAAGAAGAAAAAACAGAAAAGGAAAAUGAAAAAACAAAAAUACCUACUAUUAUAUAAUACAUGCAUAAAUAUGCACAUUAUCGGUAAUACGAAAUGAUGAAUGAAUAAUUGAUAAAUAAUUGAUAAUUGAUCAUUGCUAAAUGAUAAAAUACUACCUAUUAAAUAAUAAGUGUGAGAACGUAACACUGUAUCGAAAGAACCAACUGCUGCACGAGGAAGCAAACAUAUAUAUAUAUACAUAUAUACAAUUAUUGUGUUUAAACAAAGAAGAUUUGGCUGUGUCAACAUUGUAAUAAUUAUUGAUUUUUAUCAUUUUUUACUUAAAUAUUUAGAGAGAGAGAAUAAAUGACUGCUUUUUAUUAUCGAGCGAGUGAAUGCGACAGUGGUAAAGAGGGUCGGUCAUUGGAGUGGUUGGCAGAUAAAUAAUUAUCAGAACUGGGUAUCGAGGGGGGAGGGAUACGAGUAGCGGCACGUGAUUUCGCGUGAUUCGUAUAAUUCAAACUCGGGUUUUCGAUCAAGGUCAUUCGAUUUUUCUUUCUUUUUUUUCUACCGUUUUUUACAUGUAUUUUCCAACGGUAACGUCAAUACAUGCGAUACAUAUACCUAUACCUGUGAGAGGAAAACGGGGAACGGAAACAUGCGCGAAUUUAUCAUGAGAUUAAAGAUAGCAUACGGCUGCAAAUAUCUGCAAAUAUUCAAAUCGGCGGCCUGCGGAUUAUAACAAAUAAUAUGGGCGACGAAGGGUGUAACGGAGUAGAGCGGUCGUUUUUCCUUCGCUCAUUCUCGCUUCAUAUGUGUUUACAGAAAAUAUACAGUACUUCGUGUAUUUUAUACUAUUAAUAUCAGAAGGAAUUUCAAUGCUUGUGCAGCGGAGGGUCGUGAUAUCUCUACAGUCGCGUAACGCGUUAUGUCAGUUUUACUGCCAAUGAUCGGUGAACGUAUAGUUUUGAGCCGCAUAUCGCGUUGCCAUACAUUUUUUUUCUUCUUUCAAAGAGAGUUGAUUUCAAUCGGAAUGUGUACUGAUUGAUUCGAGUUUAGAAGACAAAACGUAAAAUCAUUUAACCGAGGGAUGAAUAAGACUUAGCUUUGUCAUCGCGCGAUCUAAAAAUUGCAGCUACGCGAUGAAGAAAAAAAAAAAAAAAAUAGAAGCGUUAGGAUUUGAUUUCAAUUUUUUGACGAUCUACCUUUGAAAACUAAAAAUGAAAAAUUAUUGAAAACAAAACACACAUUCUCAACUCACGAAAAAUUCUUAUACACGUAUUAGGGGCGCGCAUUGCGGCUGUACAGUAGGAUAUAGUAGAUAAUAAUUAACGAGAAAGAAGAAGAUAAUUCUUCAAAAAAUAAAAUAAAAAUUGGAUAAAAAUAGCUAAAUCUGAUCGGUUCUCUUACAGAGAAAAAUAAAACCGUUGCAGGCGAGUUGUACCAAUGUAGGACUACAAUUGUUGAGUGGGUGAGAAUUGUAUAAAAUUUUACGUCACUACACUCUUCGACCAGAGAUACUCGUGCCUGUGCGCGGUUUUUUUUUCUCAACGGUUUUUUUAUUUUAUUUUUCUUAUAUAAAUUCGUUGAUUUCUUACACAUCGUUUAUUUCUAGGAUUCCAUUGUAACGUUUGUAUGAUGUUGAUAUACGUGUGUAUACGCACCUUCACAAGUGCCGUAUAUACUUGUAUAUGUAUAAACGCAAAAAAGCAGUGCCUUUUUUAUUGAAAAAAUAUAUAUGCGAAUUGUGCCAAUCGAUGAAAACAUAAAGAAAAAAUUAAAGAAUUUAGGAAAAAUUGACAAAAAUAAAAUAGAUAAUUAAACAUAUAGAACGAUUUAAUUGAAAAAGCUGUAAAGAAGAAAAAAGGGAAAUUAAAUUAGAGUAAAACAAAUCGAAACAACAUUAAUCAAAACUAUUAACGGAGUUAUAUAAAAAAAUAAAAUACAUUAAAAAAAGGAAAGGAUGAAUCUAGCGCGUACAGGACAUGCCAUCGGAUUGAAUUACGCGAAAAAGUAGAUGGAAAAUAUGAAGAACCAGAUAUCAGAUUAUAAUCGCCAACCUGUGCGUGAAGUGUCUAACAGUGUUUUUGUUGUGUUGAAAAUAUAAGAAGAAUAAAAAAAUCACAAAAUUAGAAAAAGCAGAAAUAAGUAUCAAUAAAAAAAGGGAGAAAAAUAAUGUGAAAUGGAAGAAUAACGAUAGAGUAUAAAGAAGCGAAAAAAGAACGAUAGAACAAAAAAAGGAAAGAAGGUGAUCAACUACACAUAAAAAAGAAAAAGAAUGAAAUUACCGCAGACCUAAAAUGGAUGCCGAAAAGUGUUCGAAUUUAAUCAGUGCGGUCAGUGGGGACCCUUGAAAAUAAUCUUUGUUAAAUAUAACGAUAAAUAUGAUGAAGAGCGCGCGCGCGUGCGUUUACGCAGCAUACUAUGGGGAUUAAAUUAUACCAGUACAUAAAUACGUUCUAAUUAUUAUACCAAUAAGAUCUAAUUUCUUCGUUAGUUUUACGGUUAUAGAGAUGUCAAACGAUUUCGAAGAUGUAGACUUAGCGAACAACGGUGAAAGAAUAUCAAAGUGUUGCGAGAUAAACUACAUCCUUCGAUCUUUCGCAUAAAUGAAAUUGACCAAUCAAUUAAUUUCCUUCUUUUUUUUUUCUCUCAUUUCAAACGAUUAUCGAUUAAUUUAUCAUUCAAUUGAUUACACAUAAUGACUGCAGAAGGAAACCUGCCAAUAUAUUUAUAUCCUCCGAUUGGUAAAUAUAUAGAACAUACAUCUUAUAUAUCAUUCAACAUUAUUCUAUACCUUAAUUAUCGCGCUUAUUGUAAUGUAAUGAUUAUAUAUUAUAUAACACAUUUCUAUCCGACAUUUAUACACGCAAACACAAUUGUAUUAUAUUAUUUCUACUUUAUACUGACCAGGCGUUUACCUAUGUAUAUAAAUAUAUAUAUAUUACAUACAUCCACACAUAUUUUAGCUCUAAUAUGUAAUUCGGCAAACCUGUAAUAGAUGAUAGCAAAUAAUUAUUAUUAAUUAUUCCUGUCGUCUGAGUAGCAGAUGUGGUUCGCAGCACUGCCUUAGCAAAGAAAUAAUCAUUAUAUGGCUUGUAUUGAAUUCUUAUCAUUAUUCUUAUUAUUAUUAUUAUCAUUAUUAUUGAUAUUUUGUCUGUAAUAAUAAUCAUUAUUGUAAUCAUUAUUAUUUCUAUUAUUACUAUUAUUAUUAUUAUUAUUAUGAUUAUUAUUAAUAAUAUAUUAUUGUUAUUUGUUUCUAUCACCAGCUCGUCGUCCAGUAUUGCCCUCACCUGCAAAACUUUCAUACGGAGUUCACGUGCUUGCGAAAAUUUAGAGACGAGUUAAUGCAGGUGAGGGUGAGAUGGCCGUGUCUUCUCACCAAUAACUUCCUCAUAUCGUAUAUAAUAUAUAUAUACAUAUACAUAUAUGAGAAUAAAAGAGAAAAACGUAUGUAUAAUAUAAUAUGUGUAUGCCAUAUCUGUACCGGUGCACAAAUUACAAUAAUUUACAAAAAAAAAAAAAAGUAAAACAAUAUAACAUGGAGAGAAAGCAAGAGAACGAUAAAGAAAAACGAGCAUAAAACCAGAUGAUGGGUUCAUUACAAUUAUGCAUGAGAGGAGAAGUAAGGAAAUAAUAAAUUAUUGCGAUUUAUUCAUGCAGCGCAUUAUCGUUCGGUGUAUAAGGGCGUUUUCCACAAUUAUGAAUAUAGUAUACAACAUUAUACAUAUAUUAUACAAUAUACAUGUUAUUUGUAUGUGAAUCGUUAUUUAAAGUAUGAAUUACGAUGAUGAAUUGAACUGAGAACGAACCACGAAUUAAUCCACGUAUACAUAAAUAUAGAUACGAAUAUAUAAUAUGUAUAAAGAGAAAAAAAAAAAAAGAGAUACGAAAAUAUUGCACUCUGCUGCCUGCUCUUUAUUGCGAUCUUUAAUUGCUUCGCACUUUAUAGCAGUUGAUCUGCUAAUUGAAAGUUUAUCAUAUGGUUCGCUCGCGAACUUGUUAAGAAUAAAUAACCUAAUGAAUGACGAAUAAUAACACGAGAAUGGUAGCUGCAGUUGUGUCGUACAAUAUUUAAUGUAAUGUGAUUUAGAUUCAGAGAUUGCGGUAGCCCGUAUAUCGUCAUGAUCUACAUACACUGUGUAACAGCCUUUUCCGCGACCAACACCUGCGAAACAAUUUUGCUGUAAUAGUGUAUAAAUGACAGCGUAUACGAAAAGGAGAAAAGUGAAAAUAAGCAUAAAAGUAACGAGCAUUGAAAAAGUGAAGGAGUCGGCAUCCUCCCCAUUUUCCCUCAACCCUCUCAACAUCUUCGUAUGUACCCACAACCCUCGCCCAAGCCAACUCACGUUCAUUAUGCAUACAAUACGUAUAGGUAAGCGUAAUAAAAGAGUAAAAAAAUAAAAGAAAAAAAAAAAGAUAUAUCACUGUAACACAAU